GGUUUGAAAGCAACAAACGAAGGAAAUAGAAUAGUAUACCUCGGUGGAUAACAGUCUAAGUAGUAACUACCAGAGAUGACGGAAAGGUUAAAACUAAACGUAAAGAAGCCGCGAGAAGAUUUAGAUCUUAUCAUCGUUCCUGGUGACAGAGAACAGUUGCAGCUGGAAAACCAUCAGUUUGGUAUUCAGAAAAUAACUGCAGAAGAUGAAAAAAAACUAGAGAAAUAUCUUGAACCAAACAGUCCUGCCUGCUGUAAAGAAAAAGAAAAGAAGCACGACACCGAUAGGUCAGUUUCAGGAUGGAUCGGAACAUGUUUUUCCGUAGCAGAACCGUUCCAGGUUUUUCUGGGCCUGAACGCUGGACAGGAUUCAUUUACAGUUGCCAAACCUACAGAUGCGCCUCUGAGUCUGAAUAACGAGCAGGAUACAACUAAAGGUGUUGAACAUUUAGAUGACCAUCCUAGCCUAUGUCCUAAGGAAUCUGUAAUAAAAGGUAAAAAGGAUUUUGCAGCAAAUGAACCCAAAAAUUAUUGA